AUGCUGCCUGCGCUCCAGCCGCAGCUCACGCUGAUCUGGUCGUUCCCCCCGCGGACUUCGUUUUGUCGCCGGCAGAACGCCCUCAGACAUCGAUGCCAAGUUUCCCUUCAAGGCAAAAUCUCCGAUGUGGUCGUUUCCGAAGUAGUUCGUCCUGUUCCGCAGCCUCCUGUUCCUGCUCUGCAAGGGCCAUCAAGAAAGCCGACGAGGCAUGUGCAAGGUGCCGUUAUCGCCUUCACACGGGGGGACGGAGGGAGCUUGUCCCUUCUCCCCAUCUGGGCAUUUUGCAUGCAUUGCCUGCGAACUGCGGUCUCCGAAUACGGGGAAGAAGAUUCCGAAUGGCUGCCCAAAUCGGUUGCGUCUGCCAUGCGUCCCAAGAAGUUUACGCACGUCAAACGCGCGGGCAAUCAAUUCGAUCCUUACUUCACGGCGCUGAUGGCUCUGGACGAACUAGCGGAGUUGUACCGCAGACUCCAGACGAUCUUUCAGAUCUGUGAAACUAGUCAAUCAACCCCUUGGAUCCAGGAAAGCUUUGACUCUCGUGGCUAUGACCUUGGGCUAUGUCGCCCUUUGGUAGCUAUGUAUCCCGAAUCAGAAUCGGCAGCAUUCGAGCCUUCCCUUUUUAACCCCGUAAUCAAACGACGACUUAUCUCUGACAGGGACGCGAGAUUCCAGGGCCAUGCUCCGCCACGCGUACACUCAGGAUCACCGUACGCAGCGGACAUCCCAUCCCCUCAGAACAAUAGCGUGCAUAAACGGCGCCCCCUCGACAUCUAUGAACGCCUCGCCGCACCAGCUGUUAUUCAGUUCGGAUCUGCAUCGGCCGAGUUUAUGGGCCCGACGAUUGGUGCGGAGACACCGAGACUACAGCGGAUGAUACUGGCCAUCCUGCAAGGACGAUUUCUCACAGGCGCGUUCGGCGGAGCAUGCGCCAACUGCAAGUGGUCGGAUAAAGGCAGUCUGUGCUCCGAACAGGAUGAGCUAUGGUCGGGCGUACAAGAGGAUCGCGGCGAUGUGGUUAGACCCCGGGUAUUGGCUGGCACAGCGUACAAUAAUCCUGUCUUCCUAGAUGUCGAACAGGUCGUCAUCGAGGAUGGAAUUCCAGAAGGGGAAGAUGGGGGCAACCCCGUUGUUUUAGACGCAGACGAGGACUGCGAGGAGGAUAAGAUGAUUUUUGUUGAGAUGCCGAAUAAAGACGGCCCGAUAGUCUUGGACUAA